AAAGAAAACUGACAAGUCAAGAGUGCUGGUAGAUAAUUCCAUAGAAGUAGACAAUGGCUCACUUAGAGUGGAGGAGGAUAUUCUGUUUUAAUUAUGAAGAGAAGGGUACUUCAGUUUGUAGUUCCCCCAAUAAGGAUAUCUUUUCUCAAAGUUCACCUCAAUCAUACAACUCUUUGGAAUCGCAGGUGGCACAAUUUAAAGAGCCAAACCUUAUACACAUGACAGACUAACCAGGUCAUUGGCACCAAUCAUAUGGGAGCGAGAUGAUGUGAACAGAAGUCUUCCGUUCCUGGUUCUGGAGAGCGGAGCACUGGUAUUGAUAAAAUGUCCGAAAAUGCAAGGAGCAUGUUGCACGAGGUCUCUAUAUGUAUUAGCGGGGCGUUGAUUGUCUGGAAGAGAACGUUCAUUUAGUACUUUGUAUUGGUCAACUUAUUGCAAUCUUUAUUGGGGUUGGAACUUGGAAGAUGAGAAGAGUUGUAAGAUCUGUUCGCUAUAUUCAAUUGGCUGUUCAGCAUCAAAAACAUAAUUACUCAAGUAGUUCUGCUAAGUUGCAAGAACAUUUGCGAAGUGCCAAUUCUGAUUACAGGCUUACCAGAAAUGCUGAAAUCCAUAGAUUUCUACACCUACAACCCGCAUGUAUUACUUCUAGGGCUCUGUCAACUGAUGCUGCUCCAGUAACUGAUGGAGAUUUGAAUAGGGGAGGGCCUCUUGUGGAAUAUGAACGGAGAAUUUCCGUGGGUGAGUUGGUCGAGGGUGAUGACUUUCAGGUUGGCACACUAAGAGAACUUCAAAGACUCUAUGAUGAGCUUGUUGAGUUUGCCGACACUUGCCAGCUGGAUCGCUAUGCAGCUUCCAAGAAAGCUUCAAGGAGCCGGUGGUUAUGGUCUCGUUUCAUGCCCCAGUCCUCAUGCUCACCUAUCAAAGGGCUGUAUCUUUAUGGUGGAGUUGGAACGGGAAAAACUAUGUUGAUGGACUUGUUCUAUGAUCAAUUGUCCUGUAAUUGGAGGAAAAGGCGGAUCCAUUUUCAUGACUUCAUGUUGAACGUCCAUACUCGUUUGCGAAAGCACAAGGGUGUGGCAGAUCCACUCGAAGUUGUUGCUGGGGAGAUAUCCGACGAAUCAGUUUUAUUAUGUCUGGAUGAAUUUAUGGUGACUGAUGUUGCUGAUGCAUUGAUUCUAAACCGUCUUUUUAAACAUUUAUUCAACAAUGGUGUUAUUCUUGUGGCCACUUCAAAUCGUGCUCCAGAUAAUCUGUAUGAAGGUGGAUUGCAGAGGGAUCUUUUUUUACCAUUCAUAGCCACUUUGAAGGAAAGAUGUGUAGUUCAUGAAAUUGGUUCAUCAGUAGACUAUCGGAAAAUGACUUCGGCUGAGGAAGGUUUCUAUUUUGUUGGAAAAGAUAAGUCGAGCCUCCUUAAGGAAAAGUUUCAACACCUGAUUGGGGAAGAAACAGCUAGCCCACAAGAAGUGGAAGUAGUGAUGGGAAGGACGUUGCAGGUUCCUUUGGGUGCUAAUGGAUGUGCAUAUUUUCCUUUUGAGGAGCUUUGUGAUAGACCUCUUGGAGCUGCAGACUACUUUGGAUUGUUCAAGAAGUUUCAUACUCUAGCAGUGGAAGGUGUCCCAAUUUUCGGACUACACAACAGGACAGCAGCAUAUAGGUUUGUCACAUUGGUUGAUGUGAUGUAUGAGAGCAAAGCUAGACUAUUGUGCACAGCUGAAGGGAGUCCUCAAGAACUUUUCAGAUGGGUGGUAACAAUAUCUGAUGCCCAGCACAUGGCACCCAGAACCUCUUCAAGAUCAAGGAGAAGUGAUGAUUCCAACCUUUGUGUGGAUAACGAACUCGGAUUUGCAAAAGACCGGACCAUUAGCAGGUUAACGGAGAUGAACAGCAAAGAGUUCUUAGAGCACCAUGCUUCCAUGCUAGGAGAGAAGAAACUUUCGCAGGAUGGUAUCAAUGCGAACGUACUUCAAGCCUGACAUCCAAAGGAUCGAAUAGCUUAUGCAGGUAUAGCCUUGUGAGUGAAUUUGAUGGUUAAAUUGGUGCCAAAUUUAAUAUAGGCCUCCUUAAAU